CUUAUUGAUAUUGAUAACUCAUUUAUGUUCCGUGACACUACUUACCAACCUUUAGUUGUCAUUUAGAGUUCGUUAGAGCUCCUUGACAAUCUGUUACAUUCUUAUUUAUUUAAAAAAUAUCAUGUGUUAAUGAAAGUUUUAUAAUUUCACCGUAAACUCUAUUUAAAUUAUUAUUAAUAUUAUUUUUCUAAUAUAAUAAAACCUGUUUUCUGGGUUCGUAAUUAAAAUACACCAUUAAAAAAGUUUAAUUCAAAAAUGGAAUUUUUGUCGCGCAAAGUAAAGUCACACGGACAAAUUGACGCACGUCAAACGAAUGGCGCGUUGGAUACUUCAAGAGAAAUUAAAAAACGGAGCGAGACCGCGAUGAGUCCAGCGCCCCCCGCCCAGCGAGACAAAACAAGCGGUACGCAUGCCGCCGUCAAGCAGUCGUACGCGACAAGCGAAGGGAUCUGUACGUACGAGAUGGAACGCGACCGUAUCGGACUAUGGGGCUCCGGCGACUCCACCUCCGCCAGCAAAAUCUCUGGCCUGGACCGCCUCAGGCACCCGGGACUCAACAAGGGUAUGGCGUUCACAAUUGAGGAGCGUCAGACCUUGGGUAUCCACGGGUUGCUCCCAGCCAGAGUAAAGAGUCAGGAGGAGCAGGUUCAGUUGUGCAAGCUGUCCAUCGAACGGUAUGAGGACCCCCUCAACAAAUACAUCUACCUUAUGGGACUACUGGACCGCAACGAGCACUUAUUCUACCGCUUCGUUGGUGAGAAUGUAGCUGAUAUGAUGCCCAUCGUGUACACGCCCACUGUAGGUCUGGCCUGCCAGAAGUACGGGCUUGUGUACCGACGCCCCAGGGGACUCUUCAUCACCAUCCACGAUAAGGGGCAUAUCUAUGAUAUACUUAAGAACUGGCCCGAAACUGACGUCCGAGCUAUAGUGGUAACUGACGGCGAACGUAUCCUGGGUCUGGGAGAUUUGGGAGCUUGUGGUAUGGGCAUCCCGGUCGGCAAGCUUUCCUUAUACACCGCCCUCGCUGGAAUCAAGCCGCAUCAGUGCUUGCCUAUCACCUUGGACGUGGGUACAAACAACCAGACGAUGUUGGAUGACCCGCUAUACAUCGGUCUCCGCCAGCGCCGCGUGCGAGGCCCUCAGUACGACGAGUUUAUCGACGAGUUCAUGGACGCAGUCGUUCGUCGCUACGGACAGAACUGUCUCAUACAGUUCGAGGACUUCGGUAACGCUAACGCCUUCCGUCUGCUCGAGAAGUACCGCGGAAAGUACUGCACGUUCAACGACGACAUCCAAGGCACGGCCUCGGUGGCAGUGGCAGGACUGCUGGCCAGUCUGCGCAUCACUGGGAAGAAACUUUCCGAGAACACCAUCGUCUUCCAAGGCGCUGGAGAGGCAUCUUUGGGUAUCGCCAGUUUGUGUGUAAUGGCCAUGAUUGCUGAGGGCUGUUCCGAUGAGAAGGCUCGCUCUCGCAUCUGGAUGGUAGACUCCAAGGGUCUGAUCGUAAAGAACAGACCCGAGGGAGGUGUCAACGAGCAUAAAGAGAGGUUCGCUAAGGACCAUGCGCCUAUUCGCACUCUAGAAGAGGUCGUCGAUGUUGCCAAGCCUUCCGUGCUUAUUGGUGCUGCGGCCAUCGGUGGAGCAUUUACCCCAUCGAUCCUUCGCAAGAUGGGCGCCAUCAACGACCGGCCCGUCAUCUUCGCACUCUCCAACCCCACCAGCAAGGCUGAGUGCACCGCCAUCGACGCCUACUCUAACACCGAUGAGCGUGCGAUCUUCGCGUCGGGUUCCCCAUUCCCGGAUUACCGCACGAAGGACGGUCGCAUCCUGCGGCCGGGACAGGGCAACAACUCUUACAUCUUCCCUGGCUUGGCUCUCGGCAUCAUCUGCGCCGGCAUCAUCGACAUCUCCGAGGACUUCAUGCUUCUUGCUGCUGAGGCGUUGGCAGAGAUAGUGCGUCAAGAGGACUUGGACCAGGGUAGCCUGUACCCACCCCUCAAGGACAUUCAGAACUGCUCCGUCAAGAUUGCCAAGAAGAUCGUCGAACACGCUUACCAAACUGGCAAGGCGUCAGUGUUCCCGCAGCCAGAGAACACGGAGGCAUUCAUCCGCGCGCAGAUGUACGACGUGCGGUACUCGUCCGCCGUCCCGCCGGUGUACACGUGGCCGCGCGACGACGUCAUGCGCGUCGACAUGAUCUAGUGAACUACUCACAGCGCUUGGACACAACACACACCUUGUACGACGCCAUUUUCAAACUAGCUUACCUAUAACGAGGCUGUAACACUACGUUGCAACGACGCACCAGUCGCAUCUAAAAUGCAUCGACGUAAAAGUUAACCAUCGGUUUGGUAUGUCUCAUUGCGUCGUAUAUUUGCGACGUGUAGAUAUUCGUCGCAGCGCAGUGUUACGACUCUCCUAAGACAGUUAUUCCAUCUUCUGCGAGGUCCCGAUUGACUAUUAGUUAUUUCUUACAAUAAGAGAUGAAAUUAACAGGCGAGACGUCGCUUCACUAGCUCGUUAUUGAGCGACAAAAGCUAUCAAUGAUCAUACUCAGCAAAACUUGCACCACGAUGCUCGUAUUCGGAAUUAUAAUUAUGUUCAUUCUAUCAUCGUUAUAUUCAGAUGACAGUGA